UGCCAUUCCAAUUAUUCCCAGCCACUCACUCUUUCUUUCUCUCUCUCUAAUUUUCUCUCUCUAGAAUCCACAUCUUUCUCCCCAAUUGGUGGGUUUUGGGAGUAGCAAUUGGUGGGUUUUGGGAGUAGCUGUUGUGAUAAAAGGUUAGGAAUGGGGAGAGAGAAGAUCAAGAUCAGGAAGAUCGAGAACUUGGCGGCGAGGCAGGUGACCUUCUGUAAGAGACGUGGAGGGGUUGUCAAGAAAGCUAAGGAGCUGGCUGUUCUUUGUGAUGCCCAAGUUGGUCUCAUCAUCUUCUCUGCAACCGGAAGGCUUUUCGAGUAUGCCAGCUCAAGCAUGGAGGAUAUACUUCAGAAGCAUCAACUGUAUUCAAAUAAUAACCUCAGAGAAAUAAACCUAUGUUCGGUUCAACUGCAGCUGGAGCAUGAGAAUCACUUGAAAUUGAGCAUGGAAGAUGCAGAUAAGAGCCAUCAAUUGAGGCAGAUGAGGGGUGAGGAUCUUCAAGGAUUAAAUCUGGAGGAACUGCAUCAAUUAGAGAAAAUGCUUGAAGCAGGACUAAGCCGAGUGUUGGACACCAAAGUUGAUCUUAGUGCACGAAUCAUAAACGAGAUCGCUGGCCUUCAACGGAAGGGUGCUCAAUUGAUGGAAGAGAAAGAGCAAUUGGAACAGCAGAUGGUGAUGAUUUCUAAAGGAAAGAGACUCCUUGUUGCUGCUGAUCAGUACUCAGAUACUACGAACCUUGAAGAAGGCCGGUUUUCGGAGUCUCUCACCAAUUUUUCCAGCUGCAAAAAUGUUCCUCCACUAGUAGACGAUUGCUCUGAGACAUCCCUGAAACUAGGGCUACAUUUUAACCAGCAAUAAAUGGAAAGUGGAAGAGAUGAUAUCCACAAGGAAUAAGCCAGCCUUGGACGUCAUCAGCAUUUUAAAUUAUUGUUAUGUAUAAUAAUGGAAUGUGAAACAAAAUCAAAUUGUGAUCGUUUGUUUGGGGCUAAUUGAAUUAAUGUAACUCUCCUAAUAAAGUAACGGCCUGUUUGGUACCUUUUUUUUUUUUUUUU